AUGGAAGCUAACGAGUUAGGAGAGGUCAUGGACGAGCUGAGGCAACACGCCUCAAGAAUUUUUCAUCGAUUAGAUGACCUAGAGGAUAUGUGGCAGACUCCCGCGGUCGACAGUGCCCCAACAGCCCCGCCACUGCCUAGAACAUUGCGCACUCCUGUCGACAUCAUGAAAGAACAAAUAGGCAACGAUCAAAAACAAGACGUCUACACUCAUAUAAUGACAAUGGACCUCUGGACGAUCGACAUUAUGCUACAAUCAUCUGGCCUUUCGGUAGACAAAGAGGGUUCGACAGCAAAAGGCGCAGAUAUGAAGGGAAAACGAACCUGCCUUCUGGCAGAGCUAGGGCUCGGAGACGGCGACAAUUUUGACUCUCAAAGUGAGGUUAUUGGCGGGAACGAGAGUCCUGUUGCUAGUGCUGCAAAACAUGCUCUACCUAAGCCAUGA